AACUCUCGGUAACACUAACAGCACGUCUAUAGCGCCCCGUGUUGCAUCCAACCCUUCAAAUGAGCUUUUCUUGUUCAUAACCAGCACACUCUUCUGUGUCUUGUGAGAGUGAUAUACUCCAUUGCGCAAUCCUGGAGACGCAAGCUUAAGCGGUUCUGUUCUGUGAAUGGUCGGAUUUGCUGCGUUACCGACCUCUGAAGUGGGCGGGGAGGGUGACUCUCAGAGUCAGUUAGUCGGCGUGGCCAGGAUAUUGGGCCCGAAAUGGGUCCAGUCACCAGUCUUGACGGUUGGGCUGCUUGGGGUGCAGGUGCUGUGGUCGGUUGAGAUGUCUUACGCAUCACCGUAUCUACUGUCCUUAGGAUUGAAGAAGUCAUUGAUGGCCAUCGUCUUUCUGGCGGGCCCAUUGUCUGGUCUCAUAGUGCAGCCCUUGAUAGGUGCCCUCGCGGACAGGUCUCGUUCUCGCUUUGGCAGACGGAGGCCGUACAUGCUCGCCGGCACUGCGAUAUGCGUGUUCGGUGUGCUGUUACUUGGCUUUACUCGGGAGUUUGCAUCGAUAUUCACCGCGCGGGCCUCUUAUGCUAAUGAUGUGUUGACGAUAUGGUUAGCCAUAUGGGCGAUUUAUUGCAUAGACUUUGCCGUCAACGCAGUGCAGGCUGUGGACCGUGCGCUCAUAGUCGAUACGCUGCCAACCAACGAGCAAGCCAGCGGCAAUGCAUGGGCAGCGCGCAUGUUGGGUAUCGGAAGCGUCGCAGGGUUCUUCGUAGGCAAUGUCGACCUCACACAAGUAUUCUUCAUGUUCGGCAAGACCGAGUUGCAGGUCUUGGCGGUCAUCGCUUCUCUCCUUCUCGUCACGACACAUUCUGCCACGGCCUACUGCGUGACAGAAAGAGUGUUGGUGAAUUCUUCCAAAACACCCAAAAAGGGACUUAGUGCGGAGAUGAAGAUCCUAUGGAACAACCUGCUUAAAUUGCCUCGUGUGAUCCGGCAAAUAUGUCUAAUUCAAUUCUUUGCAUGGCUAGGCUGGUUCCCCAUCCUCUUCUACACGACUGUCUACAUCGGCGAGCUGCACAAGCGCGCGUCGCCCACGCCGACGGACGACGACGCGGCCGCGGCGCUCGACGCCGAGGGCACACGCCUUGGGACGCGCGCAAUGCUGUGCAAUGCAGUCGUCGCCCUCGUCACGACGUUCGUCAUGCCGCUCUUCGUGCUGCGGGACGAGGACCGGCGGCGUGGGCUCCUGGCGCCAGCCAAGGGGUGGAGUAAUAGGCGGAAGAUGCACUUGGCGACGCUGUGGGCCGCCAGCCACCUCCUGUUCGCGCUCUGCAUGGCAGCCACUCUGUUUACGUCCAGUGUAUUUGGGGCGACGCUUCUCAUGGCCGUGGUCGGGUUCUCGUGGGCGAUCACCCAAUGGGCGCCCUUCUCGCUGCUCGGAGAAGCCAUUCAUUCCGGUUCGCCGCCAGCGGGAGAAGACGCGGCCUCUAUUCAUCUGUCCGACACGAGGUCCAGGACCAAUGUUCGUGACGACAAUGACGAGGCGCGGCAGUUCCUCGUUGUAGAUGAGGACGAUAUCUUAGAUGCGUCCAGUGACGGUAUAGCGUCGACCAGAACGUCCCUCGAUGACGUCCAUGAAAACAUCAGACCGAGGGCGUCGCCGCUCAUGCAGCAGGCCGGCGCGCGGGUCAGCAUGGCCAACAUAGGCGUUGUGGGGGACGAUGAGGGAGGGGGCGAGGCUUCGGACAAAGGCAAUGAUGAUCUCAUGUCCAAAGCCGGAGUCAUUCUGGGGAUACACAACAUCUUCAUCGUCGUCCCGCAGUUCCUCGUCACGGGCCUGUCAUCGAUAAUCUUCGCGAUCUUCGAGCCCGACAAGUCUGUCCUGCACGGCCACCAUCCCGGGAACACGACUCCUAACUCGGGCAAUCUGACGGAGCUCGCAAUUGAGUCCAGCAAUAGCACCAGCUCCGUCAUAUCAUUCGGGAGAGCGAGUGAGCAGGUUACCGAUAGCGACGGUCCGAACUCGGUCGCGAUUAUUUUCCGGUUGGGGGGAGUGUCCGCCGCUGUUGCAUUUGUCCUUUGUCUUCGACUGUCCAGAGAAAUGCGCCGUAAAACAUGA